AUGAACUUUGUUCAUGGAACAAGUUCAGAAAGUCACAAAGAAUCGCACUUUAGUAGACAAACUAAUGAGGAAUUCAUUACACAAAAGAAACAACAUGAACAGGCUAAAGGUAUCGUUGUUGUAAAAGACAGUCGGACGUGCUUCAGGUGUAACGAAGCUGGACACAUUGCUAGAAAAUGUCCACAACAAAAGCCUAAGCUUGUUUAUGUUGAAAAGAAGAAAUCAGAAGAUCUCAUACAGAAACUGCCAAUGUUUGCAACAAAACAAAUUUGGAAAAGAAUAAACGAAUCUAAUAACAAAGACAAACCAGUAAAACAAAAUGUUUCAACUAAACAUACUGGUGAAUCUUUAAAAGAAAAUAUUCAAAAAGAUUCAAAAUUUUAUAUAAAGAAUUUUUUUUCAGAAAGUCAAACAUGGGUGGUUAAAAAGAAAGAAAAUUCUAAUGGUGAGAAACUAACUUCUUCAGCUGAGAAAGUUGAAAAAGUUAUUUCAAAGAAUGUAAGCUUUUGCAAACCAAAAUCCGUAGCAAUGCCCAAGGAAAGUCAAACAUGGGUGGUUAAAAAGAAAGAAAAUUCUAAUGGUGAGAAACAAACUUCUUCAGCUGAGAAAGUUGAAAAAGUUAUUUCAAAGAAUGUCAAAUCUAUUGGGUGGUUUAAGGAGACAAAACGAACAGAAGGCACAUCUGAUAUAAGCAUGAGAAUCAUAUGUGAUGCGUAA